GCUUCUACACGAGCUAGCUUGACCCGUGUUGCUCAUCGAUAAACCGCUGGCAUAUAAAUACAAAAUGUCAUUUUCGAGAGAGCUAGUCAUACUACUGUGUCUGGAACAUGAAAAUCUGGGCGCUGCGUUUGAGGAAGUCAAUGUGUUUCAUGGUUUGAAGCAAACUCGUAUUGUAGUCUAUGCACCGAAUGCGACUAAUUUAAAGAUAAUAACAGAAAUCUGCUUAAACGCGAUGGCUAAAGAUAUUUAUAAUGUGUUAGUAAUACCAAAUGGCUUCGCUGGGACACACAAGUAUUACACCUGCAAUAUGUUUCCACUCGAUGCGCCACGCUAUAAAGAGAAAACUGUACACUCGAGUUCCAUCUUUGAGCAUCAAUUUCGCAAUAUGCAUGGCAUGAAGCUCUUGACAUACCCUGAUCAGCUGCAACCACGUUCGAUGCUCUACUACGAAGCGGAUGGCACGUUGCAGAUAGAGGGCUAUAUCGGUAAAUUAGUGUCGGUAUUUGCCGACAAACGAAAUGCAACACUGGCCAUUGAACAUCCAUUUGAAGUGGGUAAAACCAUGUACUUCGGUGAUUUAGUUGAGUUGGCGCUUAACAACACUGUCGAUAUUGUCGCAGGUUUAACAUUUCCACAUAGCUUGGAAGAAUUGGCUAUGAUGUCUUAUCCAGUACAACAUUUAGAUUAUUGUUAUAUGGUGCCGCUGCCCGAAACUGUACCAAUUAAUGAGCUAUUCGUGGGGAUUGUGCGUUUACCAACACUGUUUUUUAUUUACGUUUUUACUGUAAUAUUCGCCGCCUUACUAACACACCUCAAUCAGCGCUUGAAAAUCAGUUUUAUUAAUCUCUUCUUGAAUGACAAAAGUAUACGCGGUAUUUUGGGUCAAUCCUUUGUGCCAGCAGUCAGACCAAAUUUGAAAGUGAAACUUAUCAUAUUCUUACUCUGCUACAUGAGCAUCAUUACCAAUACAACCUAUCAGGCUUAUCUGCAAUCUUAUCUAACGCAUCCACCACUACAACCGAUGUACCGCAGUUAUGACGACAUGGAAGCUGCGGGUCUCAAAGUUAUAUUCUCAGCGAAAGAGAAAUAUGUAUUAGAUUCGAACAGCAGCGCGUUGGCGCAUCCAAAACUCUUUGAGAUCAUGCAAGACUACAACGCAUGGUUGAAACUUCGCUCAUCGAUGAAUACGAAGUAUGUAUAUCCCGUGUCAAAUGCACGUUGGGAGGUCUUCGAGUUUCAACAAAGUCUCUUUCAUCGCCCGAUAUUCUAUUUCAAUACGGAUUUGUGUUUCUUUAAAAAUGCCCUUAAUUGUUUGCCAACGCGCCCGGAUCUGCCUUAUCUUGAUCUGUUGGAUGACUUCAUACUGCGUCUAUAUUCUUCGGGUAUCAUAAAAGAGUGGUUAUCGUUAAAUUUCUAUGUUAUGGCGAAGCUAAAGUUGGUUGUAUUCGAGGAUUUAAGUAAGCCUAUGGAUUUUGGUAGACCUUUAGUUUUAGAUGAUUUUUACUGGAUACGCAUACAAUACCUUGGCUGCUUGGCUUUAGCAUGCAUUGCUUUUGUUGGAGAAGUGGUGUAUUAUCGUUGGAAAUAUCAGAAACGUGUGAGGGAGGGGACUGGAUUAGCGUACUGUGAAUAGCCUCAAUUAUAUAUUCUGGAAAAUCUGUGAUUUAAAAAAAAAAAAUAUUUUUAGUUGAUCGUCUGUAAACUUUAGUUGUUAUAACUUCUUAAUAA